AUGCUUCCACUGUUCUUGAUAUGUUCUCUGCUAGCACAGCAGACCCUAGCAUUUCCUAGUCAAUACAGGGUCAACGAAAAACCCCUGCCAUAUCUCCUCCGUGCUGGCAGGGACCCUCGCGGUGGGAGCUACCAGAUCUCCAGCGCUGUACAAAAUGGAACUAGCAAGGCUCGAUUCGACAUCCCAACGCCAGCAACCACGCUUGAUACAGAGACCCUUUUCAGGUUGGAUUCACCUCAGAUAGAUUCAAUCAAUGGCUCCGUGUUCGACUGGUGGUAUUUCGAUGUCGUCUCGGAGACCAACCCAGAUGAUUCCCUAGUCGUCACAUUCUUCUCCUCAUCCGCAGAAGCAUUUCCAUUCCUCGAUGCGAAUGAAACUUCGGUGCUCAAUGUUUGGUUAUGGGCUUCUUUCGCCAAUGGCACCGUCUUUGCCGAUUCUGUCCCAGCGACUGAGGCAACUGUGACUGGUGUAGACGGUGCGGGCACUAAUAGCUCUGGCGAGUGGUCCUCCACGGGCUUUAGUUGGGCUGCUCUCAGAGAAAAUCUAUCGCAGUAUGAGAUUACCAUCGCGUCUGAAAAGCUCCAGGUCGAAGGGCGGCUCACCUUGACGUCGCAAGUACCGUAUCAUCUCCCCUGUGGAAUUCAAGCGGACCGGACUGUGCUCGAGACUGCGCCUCACAUCGGAUGGGUCAAUCUCAUACCCGACGCCGUGGGUGAGGUCGAUAUGAAGAUCCAUGGGUCGACGCUGAAGUUCCGAGGGCCUGGGUACCAUGAUAAAAAUUGGUCUGAUCGAACCUUUACGGACUCUGUCCAUAGCUGGUACUGGGGCCACGGCCGUCUGGGUCCAUACUCGAUCGUAUGGUUCAGUUACCUCGCCAUUGAUGACCCAACCAACGCAGCAUAUGUGAGCAGCUACGUUGCCAAAGAUGGAGAGCUGCUCAUAUCGGCCUGUGACCCCGAUAUUCUCACUGUGAGGCCGAUCGGUAGUCCGAGGACUACUGGUGGGCGAUAUCCGCCACGCAUGGGUGAUCUACCGGAGGGAUUCCGAUUGGAAUAUGAUCUGGGAGAAUCAAAUGGGCAGUUGAAAGUUAAUGUGUCGGUGAGAACGGUGGUCGCGGGGAAUGGAAAAGAUUAUAUGCGAUGGACAGGAGACAUGGUUGGGAAGGUAAUUGAGUCUGAGAGCCAACGACUACAAGAGGCUGGCAGUGGUUCAAAAAGACAAAAGAGAGAACGUGACGUACAAUCAUCUUCAUCUUCAUCUUUCGUUGGUGUUGCGGUUUUGGAGCAAUUCGUUAUGGUGGAAUAG